CUCUCUGUCUAGUAGUAUCUAAACGAAUUUAACUAAAACCAGCUAAAAACAAGAAGCAUAAAAAUAAUAUCAAAGUAGAAACUAAAGGAUCUAAUAAGUAAGACAAAAUUCGAAAUUAAGAUCCAUGGCGGAUUUUUGUCUCUUCUCUCAUUGGAUCGCACUUGACACAAAUGAUGGUUCGAGACAUAACAGCAGAGAAGGGUCCGGUCCGAACCGAAACGGAGGAAGAAAGCAAAAAGGCAAGACCUUUGUUGUUGGGUUGUUGAUAAAGAGAGAGAGAGGGGGACACGUGUAGUGAAAAGAGAGGAAGAGAGGUCACUCUCCGUUCCCGGUUCUGUCUCGUGCGGUGCGAUUGUUGGGUGCCAUGUCAGAGUCCGUUCCCCUAUGAGCCCGGCGAAUCCGAAUCAUAUGCCUUUCUUUUCGCUAUCUCUCUCUCUCUCUCUCUCCCUUUAACCCAAACCCAUCUCUCAAAGACUUGACCUUUCUCUCUCUCUAUCUCUAAUUUAUUUAUCGUUUCGCGUGUCGCCUUCUCUCUUUCUCUCAUUCUCUCUCUCUCUUUCCCUUCGUAUCUCUCUCUCGUGAGGCCGUGCCCUAGAAGAAGAAGAAGAAGAAGCCCCUUUCUCCGGGACUUCAAUCCCUAACUUCCGUCGCCGGAUUUCUCGUCCUUGAUUAUCGGAGGACUCUUUAACAACUUUAUUCCGAUUUCAGAUUCCCAGAUUUUGUAGAGACAGAGUUUUUUGAAGGCCAGUAUUCUUUAGUUACUUCGGUAGCUGUGAUUUACACAUGAAGGUCUAUCCGGUUCUCUAUCAAGCAUAUGGUAUGGAAACAGAAGUAGAAAAUGAAAGAUUCAGGCAGUGAAAUGAUUAAAAGAGAUUGGGUCAUGAAGCAGAAACGAAGAAAACUUCCGUCUAUACUAGAUAUAUUAGACCAAAAAGUGGAUAGUUCUAUGGCUUUUGAUUCCCCGGAAUACACUUCUUCCUCUAAACCAAGUAAGCAGCGGCUUAAGACUGAUUCGACUCCUGAAAGGAACUCCUCUAAGAGGAAAGGAAAUGAUGGGAAUUAUUUUGAAUGUGUGAUCUGUGACCUUGGUGGUGAUUUAUUGUGUUGUGAUAGUUGUCCUCGGACCUAUCAUACCGCAUGCCUCAAUCCACCUCUUAAGCGGAUUCCAAAUGGUAAGUGGAUCUGCCCAAAAUGUUCCCCAAACAGUGAAGCACUCAAGCCUGUCAAUCGUUUAGAUGCCAUUGCUAAGCGAGCAAGAACAAAAACCAAGAAAAGAAAUUCAAAAGCCGGACCAAAGUGCGAAAGAGCUUCUCAGAUUUAUUGCAGUUCUAUAAUUUCUGGAGAACAAUCUUCAGAGAAAGGGAAAUCUAUAUCGGCCGAAGAGAGCAAAUCCACAGGAAAGGAAGUUUAUUCUUCCCCGAUGGAUGGCUGUUCAACUGCUGAGCUUGGUCAUGCAUCUGCGGAUGACCGACCUGAUUCAUCGUCUCAUGGAGAAGAUGAUUUGGGGAAACCCGUCAUACCCACUGCAGAUUUACCAUCUGAUGCAGGAUUAACGUUGCUGUCCUGUGAAGAUCUCUCCGAAUCUAAACUAUCAGAUACGGAGAAAACUCAUGAAGCACCCGUGGAGAAGUUGGAACAUGCUUCCAGUGAGAUCGUGGAGAACAAGACAGUUGCUGAAAUGGAGACUGGAAAAGGUAAAAGGAAAAAACGGAAGCGUGAACUAAAUGAUGGGGAAAGUCUUGAAAGGUGCAAGACUGAUAAGAAACGCGCGAAGAAAAGUUUGUCCAAAGUGGGUUCCAGUUCUCAGACUACCAAAUCACCGGAGUCUUCGAAAAAAAAGAAAAAGAAAAAUCGUGUGACUUUAAAAUCCUUGUCCAAACCUCAGUCCAAGACAGAAACACCAGAAAAAGUGAAGAAGCUUCCCAAGGAGGAACGUCGUGCAGUACGUGCCACUAAUAAAUCUUCUAGUUGUUUGGAAGAUACAAACUCUCUUCCGGUUGGAAACCUCCAGGUUCAUCGUGUUUUAGGAUGCCGAAUCCAAGGUCUGACUAAAACCUCGCUGUGUAGUGCUCUUUCAGAUGACUUGUGUUCGGAUAAUUUACAAGCUACUGACCAACGGGAUAGCUUAGUACAAGAUACGAAUGCUGAAUUAGUAGUUGCUGAGGACAGAAUAGAUUCUUCUUCUGAGACAGGUAAAAGUUCGAGGGAUUCACGACUGAGGGAUAAAGAUAUGGAUGAUUCUGCUUUAGGUACCGAGGGUAUGGUUGAGGUGAAAGAAGAGAUGCUUUCUGAAGACAUUUCCAAUGCCACAUUGAGUAGACAUGUGGAUGAUGAAGAUAUGAAAGUUAGUGAAACGCAUGUAUCUGUUGAGAGGGAGUUACUUGAAGAAGCACAUCAGGAAACAGGGGAAAAAAGCACUGUGGCUGAUGAAGAAAUUGAGGAGCCUGUUGCUGCUAAAACUUCAGAUCUUAUUGGUGAGACUGUAUCAUAUGAGUUUCUUGUUAAAUGGGUGGAUAAAUCUAAUAUUCAUAAUACUUGGAUUUCUGAGGCGGAGCUGAAAGGUCUAGCUAAAAGAAAACUAGAGAACUACAAAGCAAAGUACGGAACAGCUGUAAUAAACAUCUGUGAAGAUAAAUGGAAACAGCCUCAGCGAAUAGUUGCUCUCCGGGUUUCAAAAGAAGGUAACCAAGAAGCUUACGUAAAGUGGACAGGCUUAGCUUAUGAUGAAUGCACGUGGGAGAGCUUGGAGGAGCCUAUUCUUAAACAUUCAUCCCAUUUAAUAGAUCUUUUUCAUCAGUAUGAGCAGAAAACAUUGGAAAGGAAUAGUAAGGGUAAUCCCACAAGGGAAAGGGGUGAAGUCGUUACCCUCACAGAACAACCUCAAGAGCUCAGAGGAGGUGCCUUGUUUGCCCAUCAGCUUGAGGCUUUGAAUUGGCUGCGUAGAUGCUGGCAUAAAUCAAAAAAUGUAAUACUUGCUGAUGAGAUGGGGCUUGGAAAAACUGUGUCUGCUAGUGCAUUCCUCUCCUCCCUUUAUUUUGAAUUUGGAGUUGCAAGACCUUGUUUAGUCCUGGUUCCACUUUCAACAAUGCCAAACUGGCUAUCAGAGUUUUCUCUUUGGGCUCCACUCCUUAAUGUUGUGGAGUAUCAUGGAAGUGCAAAGGGACGAGCCAUAAUUCGAGACUAUGAGUGGCAUGCUAAGAAUUCUACUGGGACGACCAAGAAGCCGACAUCCUACAAAUUUAAUGUCCUUUUAACUACUUAUGAAAUGGUUCUGGCUGACUCAUCUCAUCUACGUGGGGUUCCAUGGGAAGUUCUUGUGGUUGAUGAAGGGCAUCGUCUAAAGAAUUCAGAAAGUAAGCUGUUUAGCUUGCUCAACACAUUCUCUUUUCAACACCGUGUGCUCUUGACUGGCACCCCUCUUCAGAAUAACAUUGGUGAGAUGUAUAAUCUGCUCAACUUCUUGCAACCAUCUUCAUUCCCUUCUUUGUCUUCUUUUGAGGAGAGGUUCCAUGAUUUGACAAGUGCUGAGAAAGUAGAAGAACUGAAGAAACUUGUUGCUCCUCAUAUGCUUCGCCGGCUUAAAAAAGAUGCGAUGCAGAAUAUUCCUCCAAAGACAGAGAGGAUGGUCCCUGUCGAGUUGACAUCGAUCCAGGCGGAAUAUUAUCGUGCAAUGCUAACUAAGAACUAUCAGAUACUACGAAAUAUCGGAAAAGGGGUAGCGCAACAAUCAAUGCUUAACAUAGUGAUGCAGUUGAGAAAGGUUUGCAAUCACCCAUAUCUCAUACCAGGUACUGAGCCAGAGUCUGGGUCAUUGGAGUUUCUUCACGAUAUGAGAAUAAAAGCGUCAGCCAAGUUGACUCUGUUGCACUCUAUGCUUAAGGUGCUACAUAAGGAAGGCCAUAGAGUUCUGAUAUUUUCACAGAUGACAAAGCUUCUAGACAUUCUGGAGGACUACCUGAACAUAGAAUUUGGGCCUAAAACAUUUGAAAGGGUAGAUGGUUCUGUUGCUGUAGCUGAUCGUCAGGCAGCUAUAGCACGUUUCAACCAAGACAAAAAUCGGUUCGUUUUUCUGUUAUCAACUCGUGCCUGUGGUCUUGGUAUCAAUCUGGCAACAGCUGAUACUGUUAUUAUCUAUGACUCUGAUUUCAACCCUCACGCUGAUAUCCAAGCCAUGAAUAGAGCUCAUCGAAUUGGACAGUCCAAACGACUUUUGGUAUACAGACUUGUUGUCCGUGCCAGCGUUGAAGAGCGCAUUUUGCAGCUGGCCAAGAAGAAGUUGAUGCUCGAUCAGCUUUUUGUAAACAAGUCGGGAUCCCAGAAGGAAUUUGAAGAUAUUCUACGCUGGGGUACUGAAGAACUUUUCAACGACUCCGCUGGUGAGAACAAGAAAGAUACAGCUGAAAGUAAUGGAAACUUAGAUGUAAUCAUGGAUUUAGAAAGCAAGAGUAGGAAAAAAGGUGGUGGCCUCGGAGAUGUUUAUCAAGACAAAUGUACAGAAGGAAAUGGGAAGAUUGUUUGGGAUGAUAUUGCAAUUAUGAAGUUGCUUGAUCGGUCAAAUCUUCAAUCUGCCUCCACUGAUGCCGCUGAUACUGAGUUGGAUAAUGAUAUGCUCGGCUCCGUGAAGCCUGUGGAAUGGAAUGAGGAAACAGCUGAAGAACAAGUUGGAGCUGAAUCACCUGCACUGGUGACUGAUGAUACUGGUGAACCGAGUUCAGAGAGGAAAGAUGAUGAUGUCGUUAAUUUUACUGAAGAAAAUGAAUGGGACAGGCUUCUGCGUAUGAGAUGGGAGAAAUAUCAGAGCGAGGAAGAAGCAGCGCUUGGCAGAGGGAAGCGUUUGAGAAAGGCUGUUUCGUAUAGGGAAGCAUAUGCCCCACAUACCAGUGGACCUGUAAAUGAGAGUGGUGGUGAAGAUGAGAAAGAACCAGAACCAGAACUUAAGAAGGAAUAUACACCGGCAGGGCGAGCCCUAAAAGAAAAGUUUACCAAACUGCGAGAGAGGCAAAAGAACCUGAUUGCGAGAAGGAAUUCUGUUGAAGAGUCUCUUCCUAGCGGCAAUGUGGAUCAGGUAACUGAAGUAGCUAAUCAGGACGAAGAAAGCCCUACAUCAAUGGACUUGGACGAUAGCAAAGCUAGCCAGCAAUGUGAUGCACAGAAAAGAAAAGCCAGUUCUUCAGAUCCUAAACCAGAUCUUCUAAGCCAACAUCAUCAUGGCGCAGAAUGUCUGCCAUCUUUACCCCCAAACAACCUGCCAGUCCUUGGACUGUGUGCUCCUAAUUUUACUCAGUCAGAAUCCUCCCGGAGAAAUUAUUCUCGUCCAGGUAGUAGACAGAACAGACCCAUAACAGGACCCCAUUUUCCCUUCAAUCUACCCCAAACAUCGAACUUGGUUGAGAGGGAAGCAAAUGACCAGGAACCUCCUAUGGGUAAACUAAAACCACAGAACAUAAAGGAAGAACCUUUUCAGCAGCCUCUUAGUAAUAUGGAUGGUUGGCUUCCACAUCGUCAGUUUCCUCCGUCAGGGGAUUUUGAGCGUCCUCGAAGUUCUGGUGCUGCUUUUGCUGAUUUCCAGGAGAAGUUUCCGUUGCUUAACCUUCCAUUUGAUGAUAAGCUGCUUCCUCGAUUUCCAUUUCAGCCGAGAACAAUGGGAACUUCGCAUCAAGACAUAAUGGCCAAUCUUUCGAUGAGGAAAAGAUUUGAAGGUACUGGUCAUUCUAUGCAAGACCUAUUUGGCGGAACACCAAUGCCGUUUCUACCCAAUAUGAAAAUCCCUCCUAUGGAUCCACCUGUCUUCAACCAACAAGAGAAGGACUUACCGCCUUUGGGUUUGGAUCAGUUUCCAUCAGCUCUUUCAUCUAUCCCAGAGAACCAUCGAAAGGUGCUGGAGAAUAUAAUGCUAAGAACUGGCUCUGGAAUUGGGCACGUACAGAAAAAGAAAACAAGAGUAGAUGCAUGGUCCGAGGAUGAACUAGAUUCUCUCUGGAUUGGGAUUCGCAGACAUGGGUAUGGAAACUGGGAGACAAUUCUCAGAGAUCCAAGGCUCAAAUUUUCGAAAUUUAAAACACCAGAGUACUUGGCAGCUAGGUGGGAAGAAGAGCAACGUAAAUUCUUGGAUAGUCUUUCAUCUCUGCCAUCUAAAUCAAGCAGGACUGAUAAGUCCACCAAAUCUUCCUUGUUUCCUGGUCUUCCCCAAGGAAUAAUGAAUCGGGCCUUACAUGGUAAAUAUGCCACUCCUCCAAGGUUCCAAUCCCAUCUCACAGACAUAAAACUCGGAUUCGGCGAUCUAGCAUCUCCCCUUCCGUUAUUUGAACCAUCUGAUCACCUGGGAUUUCGAAGUGAGCAUUUUCCUCCCAUGGCAAAUCUGUGCACUGACAAUCUUCCCGGGGAGCCUUCUGCUGGACCAUCUGAACGAGCAGGGACAUCGACAAAUAUUCCCAACGAGAAGCCUUUUCCACUCAACUCUCUUGGAAUGGGCAACUUAGGUUCAUUGGGUUUGGAUAGUUUAAGUUCCUUAAACACACUGAGAGCAGAGGAAAAACGGGAUGCUAUUAAGCGCGGGAAACUACCCUUGUUUUUAGAUAUGCCGUUACCUCAGAUGCUUGAUUCAAGCAACAACGUAUUCUUGGGAAGAUCAGCCAAUCCAUCUUUCCUUCACCCAAAUCGAGGGUUGAAUCCCUCCAAUCCCAUGGGGAGAGACAUAAUGGGAAUUAGCUCUUCAGAGAACAAGCUACCUCAUUGGUUACGGAAUGUUGUGACUGUUCCUACCGUGAAGUCACCUGAACCACCCACUCUACCUCCAACUGUGUCAGCUAUAGCUCAAUCAGUCCGCGUUUUAUAUGGUGAAGACUCUACAACCAUUCCACCGUUUGUGAUACCAGAGCCGCCACCUCCUGCUCCCAGAGAUCCAAGACACAGUCUGCGUAAGAAAAGGAAACGUAAAUUGCAUUCAUCGAGUCAAAAGACUACAGACAUUGGUAGUAGCAGCCACAAUGCUGUAGAAAGCAGCUCUCAAGGCAAUCCACAAACAUCUGCAACUCCUCCUUUGCCUCCACCGUCUCUGGCGGGUGAAACUUCAGGGUCUUCUCAACCCAAAUUACCUCCUCACAACCUAAAUAGCACAGAACCACUGUCCUCUGAAGCAAUCAUAAUUCCACCACCUGAAGAAGAUUCUGUGAUAGCAGCAGCGCCAUCUGAAGCACCAGGGCCUAGUCUAGAGGGAAUCACUGGUACAACAAAGUCAAUCUCGCUAGAGAGCCAAAGCUCUGAACCAGAAACUAUUAAUCAAGAUGGAGACUUAGAUCCAGAAACUGAUGAGAAAGUUGAGUCUGAACGAACCCCGCUUCAUUCAGAUGAGAAACAAGAGGAGCAAGAAUCUGAAAAUGCAUUGAACAAGCAGUGUGAGCCCAUAGAGGCUGAAAGUCAAAACACCAAUGCAGAAGAAGAAGCAGAGGCACAAGAAGAAGAUGAAGAAUCCAUGAAGAUGGUGACUGGUAAUUCUCUUAGUGACGACUGAAAUCUUCGAUCAAACUGCAUUGAAAUUACCAGUGUUGCUUUUUUAUUCAUUAGGUCUUUGCAAUCAAAACUUUUACUGCUAUUAAGUUUUGUAGGUAUGACACAGAUCGGUGAAGAAGCAGUAUAUGUAUUGAGACUUCCAUUUUUAUAUCUUUGGUUAACUUUUAUUUGAUUGUAAAGCUUUUGUAAGAGAAUGAAAGAAGCUAUUUUAGUGAUCUAACUAGUCAGUUUGGAUUGUGUCAGUCACUUUAGAUUGUAAUACUUGCUGUUGGAAAUUCAGUUCCGGUUUAGCAAAUUUCACUUAACCGGCUUUGACUGGUAUUAGUCUUCACUUCAGUUCUAAACUUGUAGACUGUAGUGCUUUGAAUUUUAACAAAGUGGAG